CCGCCCGCACCGCCCCCGGGAGGAGCCGGACCCCGAGCCGCGCCCGGUCCGUGCGGGGGGAGCCCGCGGGGUUCCAUGUCCGUCGAGUGGUUGCGGCGGCUGCGUCGGGGCGGCCCCGCGGAACGGCCCGGAGGUGCUCGGGAAUCGGCACCGCGCUCCCCCCAGCCCGCCCCAGUGCCGCAGUACCGCCGGCCCAAGUUCCUCCGAGGCGAAGAGGAGGCGAACCCGAGGGGCGGCAGGACCGUGCGGGGCACCGGGCCGGAGCGGCCGCUGCCUUGGGGUUCGGGCUAUGCCGAGGUUAUCAAUGCUGAGAAGUCAGAGUUCAAUGAGGACCAGGCGACGUGCUGCCAGAUCUCCGUGCGCAGGAAGGAGCCAGGCCUGGAGGAGGACCAGGAGUGGCUGAUCCUGUGCUCCACACAGUUUUUGACUGGUUACUACUGGGCACUCUUCGAUGGCCACGGUGGCCCAGAAGCUGCCGUCAUUGCCUCCAACUACCUGCACUACUGCAUCAAGCAGAAGCUGGAGGAGGUUGCGGGGGCCAUCGUGGAGGCCCGUCCCCCCAUGCACUUGAGCGGGCGCUGUGUUUGUGACAGUGACCCCCAAUUCGUGGAGGAGAAGCACAUCCACACAGAAGAUGUGGUGGUGGGAGCCCUAGAGAAUGCCUUCCAGGAAUGUGAUGAAGUCAUUGGGCAGGAGAUGGAAGCCACCAACCAGACAGGAGGCUGCACUGCUCUGGCUGCCCUUUAUUUCCAGGGAAAGCUGUAUGUGGCAAAUGCUGGGGACAGCAGGGCCAUUCUUGUUCUGAAGGACACCAUUGUGCCCAUGAGCUCUGAGUUCACACCCGAGACAGAGAGGCAGCGACUCCAGCACUUGGCUUUUCUCUUCCCCAAACUCCUGGAUGGAGAGUUCACGCGCUUCGAGUUUCCACGGAGACUGAAGGGAGAUGACGUGGGCCAAAAAGUCCUGUACAGGGAUUACUUCAUGGAGGGCUGGGGAUACAAGCUGGUGGAGAAAGCUGACCUCAAGUACCCUCUUGUCCAUGGUCACGGGAAGCAGGCUCGUUUGCUGGGGACUCUGUCUGUCUCUCGAGGUUUAGGGGAUCAUCAGCUCAAAGUGAUCGACACCAACAUUGAAGUCAAACCUUUCCUCUCCUGCAUUCCAAAGGUGAAUGUAUUUGACUUUGCUCUGCGUGACAUUAAGGAAGAUGAUGUCCUCAUCAUGGCAACUGAUGGCCUUUGGGAUGUUUUGUGCAACGAAGAUGUGGCCCACAUGGCCAGGAGCUUCCUUGCAGAAAACAGGACCAAUCCCCACAGAUUUUCAGAAUUGGCCAAGAGCUUGGUGUGCAGAGCAAGGGGGAAGAAGAGAGGCCACCAGUGGAUGCUGGAUGAUAGCCAGGAGGCAUCCUACGAUGACAUCUCCGUGUUUGUCAUCCCACUACACAACAGGGUUGAGGACUGUUAGCAUGACAGGCAGCAUCUCAGUACCCCCCUACUACGGUGCUUUUGGGCAUCAGCACAGGACUGAGGGCUUUCUGCCAGUCAUGCACCCUCCUCCAGCAACACCACCUGAUGUGGAACCUGAGAAUGCAGAGCCAGCACUUACGCAAGAGGAUCAACAACGUGCAAGACAACAGUGGGCAACAAAUCAUUCCUCUUACUGCACUUACUUUGCUGUGCCAAUGGGAAACUGCAGAAACAGCCACAGGAGCCAAAGACCACUGUUGAUUAAGAUUUAAGGACAGCGAACCUCAAAUCCACAUCUCUAGCAACCCUUCUUCCUUUUUAAUAUUAAAGAAUGAAGAUCAAGUGAGGUCCACCUAAUCUUGAGAACUGGAUUUUAAUCACUCAAACUUUUUAAUCAGACUCAAACUGAACAUAUAAGCUACAGGUGUCCCUCAUACCCAUUUGCUCCAUCAGCUGAAAAACUGGGAACUGCUGCAAUUACCAACAUUGGUGGCCCACACUUCUUCCAGCAGAGAACGUUCCAGUUGUAGGCAGCAACACCUCAAAAUAGAGGUUAUCAGAUGGGGUCUCUACUGGAGAGGUGGAUACCUUAAGAGCAUUUCUGCUACAUGUGAUGUACUUAACGUACAGAUCUCUAACAAAUUUUAGAUCAGAACGCUCACUAACACUUUGGGGCUCACUCCUACCACUGGCAGCGAGGCUGGUUUUGUAGUAGUAGUGCUGAUGAGAGCUGAAAUAUGUAAGGAAAUACGUCAGCUGAUUUCCUAAAGAGCUCCAAGUAGAAUAGAACCGGUUGUUCCCAUUUAGCUGGGGUGCUGAUGCACAAGCAGUACACUCAUUGCAAUAGAAGAUGUGCCAAGAUGAUCUGAGCCUUUAAAGCAGAUCUCCACGGUUUUGAACUGCAGGUAAAUUCAGGUCUGGACAAGCUUCCCAUUUCCUUCCUUUUAUGUUCAUUAUUCCUCACACAAGUUUGCCACAUUACUCAGUGAAGCGGACAAACCCCAUUGUCUUUUGUUCACUGCUUGAGUUUUGUAAGGAUGAGAGCCCUAAUAAAAAAUAAUUUUCAUGUACCUUCCAGUUUCGUUCCCAUCAGGCUUUAUACAGACCUGAGAUUAAAAAACAGAUGGCCUCAGCAAAUCACAGGAAAGUUAUUGCUUCAGAAUUUAUUUACUGUUGCCCAAAUGCUGGUGUUUGUUGCUAGCAGCAUUCCCCAAGCAGCAAUCGCCUGAGAACUACAUGCCAGGUUAUUUCUUCAGUGCAAGGCUGGAGCCAGAAAGGAGGCAGCUUUCUCAGAUAUCUGCUCGUGCUUUAAGCAAGCAGCAUAGCAAAAAUACCCCUCUCCAGCUUCACUUCUCCCUCAUCCUCGACUUUAACCUGAAAAAACACACAUACCCAUGUUGUCAGCCCCCAUCCCCUAUGGCAGCUAGACUAUAAUGAUACAAGUCUCCUGUUACACCAGCUCAACAAGCUGGUUCCCUGUUGGCCUGCUGAGAAAGAGCACUGCUUGUAUCUGGAUCAGUUGCCUAUGAACAUUCCUCUUCCUAGGGCAUUCUGCCUAACAGGACUGCUUCCCUAUCCCCAAAACCAAAAUACAUUUUCCCAUUCCCCUCUAGGAAACCAGCAAGUUGUAUCACACCAGACAAACGUAGAGUUUACAGCACUCGGCAAUCUGUCUACAAAAUAUUUAUUGUUGACAGCCACAAUAUUGAGUUCUCCACAUUCAUGUAUUUACACCCAUCUGCAGAUACCACCUAGGAGUUAAAUUCACCAAACCAGCUCAUAACCAGAGACCAGCUUUUUCUCAACAGGAUCCUAGCCUGGACCCAAAAACAAGGUGGAGACUCUUAAAGUGCAAAUACAGGCAGAAACAACACCGGAGGAAGAUACACUGCUGCUUCUAUGUUUGUUCACUUAAGUGCUUCCAUUUUCCCAGACCAGAAGCUGGGACAUUAACCCAGCACGUGGGAACCUCAAAAAGUCUACACCAAGUCUUCCAGUCCAAGCAGAUGAGCUCAGCCAACAGUGUUAUUUAGGAGCAGGCCAUCGAGUCUUGCUUUCCCUUCAGCUUUAUUUCAUCCCAAAGAACAAAGGGUUGACCUAAAAGAUCUCCAGUGUGGGUGGUGGGGUGCAGAAUGCUGUUUCCUACUUGGCUUUACGUAAGUUUGGACACUGUUAGAUCUGAGUGCUGUUUUUUAAUGAGGUAUGUUUCUCAUUGGGGCACUCAGCUAAAGAACACAAGAACUGUAGUCUUCUAACUUUUAGAGAAACAUGUAGAAGCUGGAAGCUAAGACCUUUCUUCUCCUGAUCUCCCAGGAACACAGGAUACCAAAGUUUCUUAACGCUACCGAGCGCAUUUCCUUCGUUUAAAGGCAAAUGGAAAACAUCCACUGCUACACCAACCCAUAAAGAUGGCUUUGCCACUGUGUAGGUAGUGGUUGGACCUGGGAAAGCAUUCCAGUCUGAAAUGAGCCUUAGUGCUGUGUUGGGCAUAAACUGGUGAAUUCAUCUCACCCCAGAAUUCCACUGAUACCCUUAAUGGAUGCAUCCUUUUAGACUGGUACUUUGGUCCUCUUUUUCUUUUUUAAAAAAAAGCAUUUCAUGCUGCAAUGCACAAAGUUCUACAACACUGCAAGCAGAAGAGAACUGAAUAACUGUUUUUAAACAAGCACUCAAGCCACGUCAACAAAGAACAUUUUUAGAAUAAAAGACUUCCAAAUGCCUCUCCCUAUAAAAAAAUAACAGGAAAAAAACAUCUGGGUGGGUAUCCAUUCUCUAAGGCAACAGAGUUUAAAACCAUUUGCUACCGAAUGUAAAAGCAGACUGUUCAAAUGUGCUAAAGACCCCCAAGGGGCUGUAUGUUACAAACCACUGCAAAAGAUGGCUGCUUACAGAAACACUGAGGAAGGUAAAAUAGCACCGAGCAGCCUGAAAUGCAACAACACUGAGCUUAAGAGACGGCGAUGAAAACCCAGUCGGAGCAUAAGGUCUGAGAUAUCCACCUCCCUUUGUCCUUGGUGUUUAUAGGUGCUGGUGAGACAGUACUCACUGGGAAGAGGGAUGCUGGUGUAGUAGUAUGAAUCUCUCAACUGCAGCUCUAACAGCAGAAAGGUUUGGUGAAAUCAGCAGCAUUGGUCUGCUGCUCCCUUUGCUCCAUGCUCACCAGCAUUUUACAUUCAGAAGGGAAGAAUAGACUUUCAAGGCCAUGGCCCAGCAUAUAACACCAAGCACAUUUAGAAAGGUAAGAAUACAAUAAAUGCCACAUUUACUCUGAGCCCAUCGUGGCUGACCACUGGAUGUAUCUAAUCAAUCAACAUCACAGGAGAAAGAACCUGGAACCAGACUUGAAGACUAGAAUUUGCCAGCAAGCCCCGCUGGAGUAGGAGAGCAUGUCCCUCCCAUCUCUGUGGGGGUGGUCCUUGGAACAGGGCCACAGCAGAACAAAGCCAGCAAAAGCAUGUUAAGCUUUACUUUCAAUGCAAUUCCAUCUGGCAAACGAAGCAUCGCUCUUUUUGGGUUGCCACUGCUGAAAACCUGUACACCCAGUAACAAGUGCACAGUGUAUGAAAUAACAAACCAACUGUGCAUGUUGUUGCAUCAACCAAGCGAUACAGUCUAACCCCAGUCUGCAAAGCACUUAACAGAGCUUAUUUACAAACCAGGAGGGGAAAACUGCAUUGGUGAAAGUGAACAGCUUUGACAUCCCACAACACUGGCCCACAUCACAUUCUUUAAUAUCUAAAAGUAAAAAAAUAUGGCCCAUUCCCACUGCCCCCCAAAAAUAUUUACAAAAAUCAGCCAAGAUGAUACAU